ACCAUGAACGCCACCCCUGCUACCGGUACUGUAAUAGAAGAGGUGAGGCUCAUGUGUCUCCUAGUUAUGGUCUUUGGGGGCACCUAACUUGAUUUAAGCAGGAUGUCUGAUUCCGAGGCAGCCAGCUGUAUGUGAAUUUUUAUUGUUUAUUAUAAUGUAACAUAUAAAAUUAGUUAAAUUUGAGUUAUUUGCCUAUAGUUAUAAUAAAGUAACAUUCUCUAGAGUAGAAACUCAGUUAACUAUUUUUGACCAGAUGUAGUGGGGUAAUUAAAAAAAUCUGUAAUUAAAGAAGUUUUUUAUUUAAAUUAAGAGUGUAAUUUUUUUUAAUUUCUACCUUUCAUAAUUGGGUGUUAAACUCCUCACACCUGUUUCAGACUUUUACCCUUUGAAUGUAAAAGUGCCCUACACACAGCCCACUGCAAUCAGACCUUUAGCACUUUUAAACUAAUUGCAUAAAUUCUUCAUAAAUAAACAUGUCCUUCUCCAGACUAAAUAUGAUGCUAUUUGUUGUAAAAUAAUAGUCUAAAAAAUUUAUAGAAUGACAUAACCACACACAAAAAAAUCUUUUUUUUUCCUUUUUGUACCGGGGUAAUAGACAUAGCCUAAUCAUAUUUUAUGCCUGUUAAACCUAUCUGAAAUACUAUUCCAUAUUUUUAAGGACCAUGAAAAUAUUUAUCAACUUUAAAUGGUCAUUUUUAAAGAAUCAUUACAUUAUUUACUUCAUAUAUUUCUUCGCUAGGUGAAUGAUAGCGACCCUGUGAAAAUUGAACUUGAUGCCAUUGUAGAAAGCGUCCAGCCCCUGAAGUGUUCAAAGUGCUUCGAAAAGUUCACUGACGCAGGUGUGUACAACAAUCACAUCAACAAUCAUCCCACAUUCAUGUGCAAGGAAUGUGGCCAGGUGUUCCAUCGUAGAUUCAACCUGACUCGUCAUUUCCGCAGCGAGCAUCUUGGUCGAGAAUACCUCAAGUGUCGUCACUGUGGUUACCAAGCAAACAUUUGUGCAGAGUUACGCCGACAUACAACAACCGAACACAAUGACCCCAAACCAUUUUACUGCACGUAUGAAGGCUGCACAUUUCGACAGACAAAAUAUAGUGCCGUGGUUUGCCACAUGCGAAUUCACACCAAUGAGCGGGAAUAUACCUGUGACAAAUGUGGACAGACAUUUGUUGCGCCGAA